GCUUCGCAGCUUCACCUAUCGUUAUCAACUCUAAUUCAUGUUGGUCUCCACCGCCAUGCGUCAGGCAUGUGCAUAUUAUUAUGACUUCCAGAAGUUACGACGCCUUUCAAGACUAAAGACCUUCCAACUACAAUAAUUAUUUGCAAGAUAUCCGCAAUAUAUCUGCAAUAAUUAAUCCGAGCCUCGUCUCCCAGCCUCGUCUCCUAUCAUCUUUCGUUACCACCAUUAACAUCAAAUCCACCGAUAAGCACUGGCCGCCCUUGGUAAUCUGUGAUGAUAUGGCGAAGGACACGAGCUCCAUUGGCGGGGAGCUCCAAGUGAGCAAAUGCUACUGCGAGACCGGUCGCAAGAGACAUCGCAUCUCCAUGUCAAUACAGAUACCCUUCGAGGCCAAUCACCCCGCAGGCGAAAUCAACGUGAAUAACGAUGCGGAUGGACAAAGUAUCGACGAUACUAGUGAUUCGGAGGAAGCCAUCGAAGAUGACGAUCUCCAUAUACUUGAAAACGAGGAUGAUUAUGAUGAUGGUAUAACGCAAUCGGAUAUAGAAGAUGAUCUGGCCUUUAUAGAGGCUUUAGUGCCCAAUGAACCAGAAGAUUUAUCCACGGAUGGGCUCUUCGACCCUGGAAUGGAUGACUUUGAUGACUUUACCGACCAGGAACCUACUACGGAGCCGGAUGGCGCAUUGGAGGAAGAAGGACCACCGCGGAUUGCGACAUGGAGGUUGAACCUUACGGCACUAUCACAAGUCUACAACAUGUACAUGGUGGCAUACACAGACAAGAUAUACGUCUCCCGACCCCGCAGCUGCAUUACAAACUCCUUGCCCGCGGAGCCUGACCUCAUCCUACGACCUCAGCCUAGCGCGAUGGGUAUCGAAGUUGGUGGGUACCUAGAUAAUAUAUUCCCGCAUCAAGUAAAUCAUCUGGUCGUUGGUGAUCUUGGCGAUCAGGAAGUUCUACUACUUGCCUACGACGAUGGCGAUGUCAUCGGAUACUACACUCGGGCUAUUGAAAAUGAGCUUCUGCGCCGUGAGAGAGACGGCCGAGAUCUUGAAAUCGUUCCCAAGCCAUUCCUUCACGAGAAUGUGGGGAAGAGCGCCUGGGGGCUUGCAGUUCACAAGAACUCUCGCCUCAUAGCCGUCAGUUCCAACCUGCACACCGUCUGUGUUUUCGUCUUUGCCUUAACCGGGAAGCAUUAUAGACAUAAUCCCGGAGUCGACACGGUUGAAUUCUUUAGGAACGUCGCUAAGGAUCUAAAUGGUAAUACAUCAGAAUCAUUAAACAGCAGUCCCACACCCGAUAAGGAGACUGGCUAUGUGUCUCCGCUGGAAAAAGCAAUCCGACGUCGAGAUGCCAACUGGCGAAUUAUCCUAGAAACUGGUCGGGAAGGAGCCAAUAUCCCGAAUAUCGCCUUUGCCAACGACAAUGAGGGGAAAGCAGAUAAGAUUGUAGCGAUAGAUAUCGAAGGAAGGCUCUGGGUGAUGGAUAUUUGGAACUUUUCCGGCCGUCCUUUCGUCAAGAUCGAGGACCUCUACUCAGCUCGCUCACGGAACUCGAGGUUUCAUUAUGACGCUUUCCGCAAGCCUCGGGGCUGGGGUGUUCUCGUACUCCCUGAAAGCAGCUUCCUCCCGGCAGCCGAUUAUAAGGACUCUCUGGGCCUAGAACAAGAUAAUAUCAGAUUCAUUUCCCACGAGAGGAUUGGACAUUGGUUUGAUAUCAGCAGGGGUAUCAAAAACGUGAAGAACAAUUCGCCGGUUCAUCCGUGGGUGAGAUGGGAUAAAAUCUCACGAUUCUCGUUCAACCCCGUUGAGCACAGGGGUAUACCACCUGGGGGUUCAUGGUUUGAAUUCGACCAGAGGAUGAAGGUCCCUGACUUAAGCGCCCCGCUGGAGUUUUGGCCAGGCAAAACCGGCCCUGGACAAGAGGAACCUAAGACCAUUCUCACAGAUGGAAGCAGUAUUCUACGAACAUACGAGGUCGAUCUUGAACUUCGCAGUUUUGAGGAGGGUGGUAUAGGUAUAAUGUUUGAGAAAGCCAUCGACCAGUCUCGACCUCCACAUGCAGUGACCCCAGCAAUGAGAAUAUCUCAUGAACGCCUGGCGAACCUCAUACACGUCCCGGAACUGUCGCUCGUCGUAGCCGGCUCAUUGUGCGGGCGGGUGGCGCUUGUCACUUUGACGCGUCCCCCAAAGAAUUUCCUAUUCAAGCGAGGCUUCAAGGUUGAGGCCGUCCUGCCCCUGAAACGGGAUGAAGAUAACGAGAUGCGACCUAUCUGCCCCUUACUAGGGGUGGCUGUCGGACCAGUGCCGUUCUCGGGAAAUGUAGAACGAGCAACCGGUCCUGUUGGCCGAAGACGAUACCGCAUCAUGCUUCAGUACUACGACCUCAGAAUUCUCAGCUACGAAAUAUCUCGAAACUCAUUAACAGACCCCCUCUCCAUUGUAUGAGGGCCACGAAUUUCUUUCUCUUCUGUACAAAAUCACUUUCAAGAUACCCAGGGUUUCGUGGGAUGUUUUCGAAUCGAGGCUGGGCUAAACCAGCAGGCGUUUAGGUUGCAUAAGGACAAGGGAGGACGGACGAGGCUCUUGAAUCAUUUGUCAUGUUGCAUGGCGUUCCCGUGAAGGAUUGAAAAAGGAACCAAAAAGGUGACAAACCGAACAAAUUGGCAUGAAUAAGGCUUGACUUGCUCAGCUUAGCUUUUCAGCUACUACAUGGCUAAACGCAUAGGUACUACGAAAUGCCGCGGAGGUUAACCCGUGGGGGGACCAGACCAGCCGGACAGGGAUUGGUUUCUAGAAAAAGCCACCUGGACUAGGGUAAUUCGAGAUAGUUGAAUUUGGGCUCACGCUCGCUUUCUGAACAAAA